CUUCCUUCCUUCCUUCCCCCGUGUGUCCCAGUGUCAGCGCCGGGAGGUGGGCAGCAGCAGCAGCAGGAGAGGCAGCAGCAGCAGCAUUAGCAUUAGGGCGCAUGCUCUGGGUCUCUCUCACUCACUCUCUCUCCUCGCCUUCGCCGCCUCCAGCGUUUYAUCAGGGCAAGCAGACGAGGAGGAGGAGGAGGAAGGGGGGGAAGGAGAAGGAGCAGCAGCCAAGCCGGCGAGGGAGGCAGCCAGCCCGGCAGCCCAGCAGCAUGUCCGCCGCCAAGGCCAGCGCCGCCGCCGCCAUGGGCUCGCCUCUCCCGGCCGCCCUCGCCGCCUCCUCCUGAACCGGAGCCGAAGGGGAGGCGGCGGGGAAGGAGAGAGGGACGGCGGGCACCCCACCAGGCAUGGCCAGUUCGUGUGCUGUUCAGGUGAAACUGGAGCUUGGGCACCGAGCCCAGGUGAGGAAGAAACCCACAGUGGAGGGUUUUACUCACGAUUGGAUGGUGUUCGUUCGAGGACCGGAGCAUAGCAACAUUCAGCACUUUGUGGAGAAAGUCGUCUUUCACUUGCAUGACAGCUUCCCGAGGCCAAAAAGAGUGUGCAAAGACCCACCGUACAAAGUGGAGGAAUCUGGAUAUGCUGGUUUCAUAUUGCCAAUAGAGGUUUACUUCAAGAACAAGGAAGAACCGAAGAAAGUCCGCUUUGAUUAUGAUCUGUUCCUGCAUCUGGAAGGCCACCCACCUGUAAACCAUCUUCGCUGUGAAAAGCUGACUUUCAAUAACCCAACGGAAGAGUUCAGAAGAAAGUUGCUGAAAGCAGGAGGAAUCAUGGUAAUGUCAGAUGGAACAUCAGCUGCUUCAGGGCAGAGUCUUCACCUCCCCAACCUUCCCAGUAAUUCCCUGUCUUUUUCUGAAGUGAAGAAGAAAUCAUCUCAUGGGGCAAAGGACCCAAGCAAAAGUGUAAGCACUAGCAGCAACAGUAGUAACAGUUUUUCAAAACCCCAUAAAUUAACAAAGGAGCACAAGGAGAAACUGCCUAAAGACUCUAAAGAACAUAGAAGUGCCUUCAAAGAACCUUCCAGGGAACAUAUAAAAUCUUCCAAAGAAUCCUCUAAGAAACCCAAAGAAAACAAACCGCUGAAGGAUGAAAAAAUUGUUCCUAAGAUGGCCUUCAAGGAACCCAAACCUAUGUCAAAAGAGCCAAAAUCUGAAAAUAACAUACUUACCAUCGCAGGUGGACAGCAACAAGACAAGAAGGCCCCUACAAAAAGGCCUCCUGGCAUGGAUUCUGAGGAUCUCACAGCCAAAAAGAAGAAGAAAAGCGGCUCAGAGGCUUUAUUUAAAAGUUUUUCUCAUGCUCCCCCACUUAUACUUACUUGUUCCACUGCUGAUAAAAAACAGACAAAGGAUAAAUCUCAGUUUAAGAUUGGGAAAGUCAAAAUGGAAAGUGAGACACUGGAGAAGAAGAAAAACACGUUACCGCCUUUUGAUGAUAUUGUGGACCCUAACGAUUCCGACAUGGAGGAGAACAUGUCCUCGAAAUCUGAUUCUGAGCAACCUAGUCCUGCCAGUUCAAGCUCGAGUUCCAGCUCCAGUUUUACACCGUCUCAGAACAGCCGACAACAAGGUCCUUUGAGGUCUAUAAUGAAAGAUCUGCAUUAUUCUGAUGAUAAUGAAGAUGAAUCUGAUGAAGCAGAUGAGAAUGACAAUGACUCUGAGAUGGAGAGACCUUUAAAUACUCAUGGAGGAAGCAGGGGUCGCAGGGUUAGCUUAAGUGAUGGAAGCGACAGUGACAGCAGUUCAGCAUCAUCGCCACUACGCCAUGAACCUCCGCCUUUAUUAAAAACCAAUAACAACCAGAUUCUAGAAGUAAAGAGUCCUAUAAAACAGAGUAAAUCUGAUAAGCAGAUAAAGAAUGGGGAUUGUGAUAAGGCUUAUCUUGACGAACUAGUUGAGCUCCACAGAAGGUUAAUGACAUUAAGGGAAAGACAUGUGCUGCAACAGAUUGUAAACCUUAUAGAAGAAACGGGACAUUUCCACAUCACAAACACAACGUUUGACUUUGACCUUUGCUCACUGGACAAAACUACAGUUAGAAAAUUACAGAGUUACCUGGAAACAUCUGGAGCAUCCUGAGGACAUCAUUCCCGACUGCAUCAAUAACUGUGCUCUCUUUUUUGAAAAAAAAGAAAUAAAACAUUCAGAACGAUGCAGCCAGGCUGGUGCAAAAACAAAAAACAAAAAACUAGAACCCAACAACAACCAACUCUCUUCAGCUUUAUUUUUAGUUAAAGCCAGUCGUCAUCUCUUGAUAAAGGAGAAGUAAAGUGACAAGCCUCAGAGGAUUUGCUCUUUUCACCAAGGAAACGCUCUGGAAGAGUUAGCCUGGAUAGCCUUGAAAAAAAAAAACACUUAAUGAAUGUGUAUGGUAUCAUGUAUCUCCCUCUGUGGUCUUCUAGGCCACAAGGUGAAUGCAUGUUCAACACACUGCCUUAUUACAUAACUGAUCUAUUUAUUAUUGCAUAUUCAUAUCCUAAAGUCCUUGAGGGAAUGACACUACCAGAUGUUUCGAGUUCUUGUGUCCCGCAUACGCUCCUUUGAUGCAACGCCACCAUCGUCACAACCCUUCCAACCUUGCUCUUGUUUCAAUGCCACUUUUUCUGACCUCUUUCUUGUCUGUUUCACAAUCCUAUCAUUCUGUUCCCAUUUCUGCAGUUCUCCCGAUGGGAUACCCAGUUGGGGAGGGGUAUGAAAUUUGUGUAUGCACCCACAUGCGUGUACACAUACACAGAAGCACACUCUCUGCUGCAGCAGCAGAAUGGCCACCCAGACUGUAAUUGUGUAUUGAUCUUGAACCAUGGUAGGAAAUUCACCAGAUAGGAUCAUGACUUGUUUUCUAGCCUUAGUCAAUAAACCAGUAGAACUUUUAUUAAUGAAGAAAGUGUUACUGUAUACUGUUGUGAAUCCGGAAUUGUUUUUGCCAUCGACUUUUUCUGCGUCUGUUUUAAUGUUAUGUUAGAUAUCUAUAAAAGUGAAAGCACUCUAGAAGUUUGCCAUAAAAAAAGAGAGAGAGAGAGAAACAUUUGUCCCGUUCUCUAUGAACAUAUUGUAGAAAAUACUUAAAUUUGGAGCUAUUUAUUACUAGGAGUUCCAGCACUCGUCUGCCCAGAUGUGCAGUUCAGUUUCUUUUAUAAAAAUAUAGAAUUGGUUCUUUGCUCAUGCAAUGUAUGGUCUGUGUUUAGAUCCUGGUUUCAGCACUGUUUCUAUCUAAAGAAAACCUUUUUUUGUUUGUUUGUUUAAGCAAUUAAAACAUGUUGAGAAAUUGUUUCUAAAUUUCAGUACCUGUUCAAUGCUCUACAUUUAUGAAUAGUAGGUCUCUCAACACAACUAACGAAAUUAGUUGAUUAGGCACAUUCAUUUUAAUUGAUUCAUCAAUGCAGUUUGCAUUAGUGUGCAUUAGUUUUUCGAUAAUCCUGAAAAAUAACUCUACUUUGUCUAUUUUUAGAUGAUUUACACAGGUAUCAUACCAGCUGCCAUUUUAAAAUACCUAGAUUCUCCUGUACUGGAGAAAGGGCUCCAUAUUUUUAAGAUGGCAUCUGUUACCCAGAGUAUUUACUUAGGGACUUCUGUUACAAAAUAAUGUAUUUUAAUAGUCUGCACAAGAUUUUGAGAUGUGUCUUGAACGUAUUCUUAACCUGUUUUUCUAAAUGAUUAAUCAAUUAAGACCGCACUUCCCUACUUUUCAAAAUAAUUUCUUUUCCAUUAAAAUGGUGGUUCUCACCCUGUGGGUUCGCAGGUGAUUUGGCCUACAACUCCCAGAAAUCCCAACCACUUUUCCAGCUGUUAAGAUUUCUGGGAGUUGAAGGCCAAAACAUCUGGGGACCCACAGGGUGAGAACCACUGCAUUAAAACAAGCAUGGGCAACCUUCAGCCCUCCAGGUGUUUUGAAUUUACAAUUCCUAACAGCCAGUAGACUGUUAGGUAUUGUGGGAGUUGACGUUCCCGGCUGUUAGGAAUUGUGAGAGUUGAAGUCCAAAACACCUGCAGGACCGAAGUUUGCUCAUGUCUGCAUUUAAAAUUAUUUUAGAAAACCUUUGCAGAAAAGAAGGGAAGAAAAGACAAAAAAAAAUCAUUCAAAAGCUAUUAAAAUCCAAAUUUCAUGAAAGGUUUGGCUUUAGAAAUACUUCUGAGUCUGAAAAAUUGAUCAGCCUCAGGAAAGGUUUGUGUUUGAGAGGCCAUCAUACUUCCAAUCUCUGCUUGCUUGCAGACAUCCAUUGACUGUGUCAUCCAGUUGCAGAAGUAUCGUGUUGUUCUACAUACAUGGUUCUGUGCAGUAUGUACAACUAGGUUCCUAGUAGGGAUACUUUUUCAUAAUCCAAUGGGAUUUCUUAACACUGUUUCUUUAAGUCCAAAGAAAUUAUUUCCUUUUUUUUUUGUACGUGCGUGAAUGUGUGUUUCUGUUCCUUUCUUUCUUUUUUAAAUUAAAAUGUUGUUUGACCAUAAUCUAUGGAAAGUCUUCCUCAGGCUUCCAAAAGAACAAGUGUACUUUUCUUCAGUAAUGUUAUGACUCUUAUUGAUGAUUGGCAUGAAACAUACUUGAAGCGUUAUGUUUUUUUAAAGUCCACAUGUUAAUUGAUGUGCAAUUGUUGGGGUGAGAGGUUUUUGAAAUCUCUUGACAUCAGACAUAUGAUGUGAUGUUGGAGUAUUGAGGGGGGUGUUUGAGUGGGGUCUUUUUUACAUUUUUGUUAGCAUUUUUAUAUAAAACGUUUGAAAAAUGUAAAGGCUAACUUUCACUUUUUGAAAUAGCACACAUGUGAUAUGUUUCAUUUCAAGUUGACCACAAAAACAUGUGCUGGGAGGGGGGGUCCAUGUUGACUUUUCUAACUAAAUUUUGUGGCAAAACUCUUAAGAGGUUGGAAGGAACACAGACUGGCAUAACUUUGAAUAUGUAUUGGGCAGGUCACUGUUUUUAUUUUGUUUUGUUUUGUUUUUUUGAAAACCAGGCAGAAUAUGUCCUUUGAGCCACAAAGAAGAGUAGCUGAUGUACAGAAUUUGUGGGGGUGGAGGGUUUAACUAUGUAAAGGGAAUAUAACUGCAAUUACAGUAGACUCUUAACUCUGACUUGCAUGUAGUCUCAUCAGUCAUCCUUAUAAAAUGUUAGUUCUCUAGUUUGGUGAGAAUGAGGAUGGAAUAAACACAUUUCAGCUGCAUUUGUGUGUUGAAAGUGAAGAGUGUUUUCCACAAAAUUCUGGUAGAAUAAGAGCUGGUAAGUGGUGUCCUUUAAAAAUACUUUAGUUAUUUUGUAUGCUGAAACAAAAUAAAUCCUUUUUUCCAAUUA